AUGGCUCCCGGCACCAUCUCUCCCGGUCUGCACCAUGGCAACCAGGACAUCGAUCUGACAUCGUCCGCCAUCGAGCAUAAGCUCGAGGCCAUUCCCAAUGGCAAGGCUUCCAACGGCACCAAGCCCGCCUACCAGGAGCUCGACGCCUCCAAGCUCAUUUACAACCGUACCCAGAACCCGCGUGCCGUCCCCGAUCCUGCCUCCGCCAACGCUGGCUCCGAGACCAUCGCCACCGACCACAUGGUCGCUGCCACCUGGAAGGUCGGCACUGGCUGGUCCACCCCGGAGCUGAAGCCCUACGGCCCCAUCUCCCUCAUGCCGACUGCCUCCGUCCUGCACUACGCCACCGAAUGCUUCGAGGGUCUCAAGGUCUUCCGCGGCUUUGACGGCAAGCUUCGCCUGUUCCGCCCCGACCGCAACUGCGAGCGCAUGCUCAUGUCCUCCACCCGCAUCGCCCUGCCCUCCUUCCCUCCCGCCGAACUCGAGAAGCUCAUCAUCGCCCUCAUGGCCGUCGACGGCCCCAAGUGGCUGCCUCGCGAGCGUCCCGGAUCCUUCCUCUACCUCCGCCCUACUAUGAUCGGAACUCAGCCCCAGCUCGGCGUUCAGGCACCUUCCGAGGCCAUGCUCUACAUCAUCUGCACCUAUAUGCCUGUCAUGGACUCUCCCGUCGGCGGCAUGAAGCUCCACACGAGUCCCGAGGAUAUGGUUCGCGCCUGGGUUGGUGGAUUCGGCUACGCCAAGGUCGGUGCCAACUACGGCCCUUCUCUGCUGGCUACUGUCGAGGCCCGCAGCCGUGGGUUCGGCCAGAUUCUCUGGCUGUACGGACAGGAGCAGUACUGCACCGAGGCCGGUGCCAGCAACUUCUUUGUUGUGUGGAAGAACAAGGAGACCGGCAGGACGGAGAUCAUUACCGCGCCUCUCGACGACAGAUUGAUUCUCGACGGUGUCACGAGACGCAGCGUUCUCCAGCUCGCCCGCGAGCGCCUCGGCGACAGCGUCGACAUUGUUGAGCGCAGAUACACCAUCGAUGAGGUCAUUCAGGCUCACGAGGAGGGCCGCAUCGUCGAGUCCUUUGCCGCCGGUACUGCUUUCUUCAUCUGCCCCAUCUCCCUGAUUCACCACCGUGGCAAGGAUGCCAACAUGGGCAUGGGCGGCGAAGGCGUCGGUGGCGAGUACACCCUCCAGAUCAAGAAGUGGAUGAAGGACAUCAUGUACGGUGGCGAGCAGCACGAGUGGGGCGUCGUCGUCCAGGAGGAGCAGUAG